AUGAUUUGUAUUAAAAUCAUUAUAUUGUGCUUGUUUGUAAUUAAAUCAUGCAAUGCAAAGAUUAAGUUAAAUAUUAAAAUAGCGUCCAAUGAAAAAAAUAUAGAUAUAAAAUGUUCCGGGUACGAUAACAAAUUGAUUAGUGAUGCCGAAAUCAGUCUUUAUAAUAUUACAAAGGAAAAUCUUAAUAAAGGUGUCAGAGUCGAAAUGGGGAAAGUGCCUAAUGACAUAUUCUUAAAAGAUCCAACACCCUAUUAUAAUUUGUAUGAGAAAUACCAUUGGCCGGAAGUAAAACGGCAUCUUUAUGUGAAGAACAUUAGUGUUUUAUACGUGAACAACGAAGAAGUUUUAAUUAGCUCUCACGAACAUAUCAAUAAUUCAACAGAUACAGUCCAGUCGAAGAAAGUAAUGGUUCACAAUGUAGAAUCUACUGUAUCCUCUACAUGGUCCGAUGAAGGAAUGCCAAAAGACGACGUUUCGUACGAAAUCAAUGUUGAUUUCGGUAGAAAAGAACACAUUUUUGAAAACAAAUGGAGGAAUAAUUUACUUCGCAGCGUUCAUAUACCGUUUGGUGUUGUUAGAACAGGUUUUAUUGAUGUUAAACCAGGAAAAUCUUUAGUAAAACAACUGAAGGGAAACCGAACUUUAAUUGUUCUAGAAGUUUCUUACUCUGCUAACCUUAUUGGUAGUGUAAUAGCCGAUUAUGCUCAGUUGUAUGGUAAAUAUCAUUUUUGGGCGCCAAGUGUGCAAAAUAUAAUGGCGGCCGCUGGUUUACAAAAUGAAAUAAUUACAAAAGAAAGAAUUGAAAUUCGAUGCAACACUGAUCCCAAGUUAAAAGUCUUCGAUAAGGAGACAGGGAAAUCUAUACUACUAGAUAGACGAAUAAAAAUAGUACGCAAAGGAAAUAAACUUUAUAGA